AUGCUGGCAAACAUCAUCCCCGGUUUCGAGAUGAAUGAGCUGCAACGAAAAGUUUCCAAGCUGAAGUUUGCCGCUCGAAGGGCUGAGGAAGCAGCAGAUCGCAUGGACAACAAAGCCUUGUGCCUGCUUGGCCCAGAGAGAAGCGCCGCUCUUGGAGAACCGAGGCUCCGGGCGCAGCUGCUGAUGCGAUCUCAGGAACUGAUUGAAACCGACGCCAACAUGUUCAACAUGGCAUUGCUGGAUGCCCAGAAAGCCGUGCACCUUUUGCCUGCCUGGGCGUUCGGGCAGGUUGCCUUUUCGCAGGCCCUCCAGGCACAUGGGCGAUUCGGAGAUGCAGCUGUCGCCAUGCAAACUGCCCUUGCCAUUGGCCGUGGGAUAGACAAGAGAGCUCUCAAGAAAGUGGCAGCCAAACUGCAGAAGCAAGUCGUCCAAGAGCUGGACAUUUUGCGAUGA